AAACUAUAUGCUUUCUAUUAAUACCAAAACAAAUUCCAAACGAUAACAAAAUUCUCUCUACAGAAACCCUUCCAAAUCAAUGUCUCAAUCCUCUUUUGAUCUCCAAGAUAUCCUUUUAGAUAGAAGAAUACAAAUUGCAGAAAACUUAUCAAAAUUAAGAGAUUAUUAAGAAGAAAGAGAAAAAGAGUUUCGCUAAAGGGAAAAAGAAUAUUAAAGAGCCAAGAAGAAAGUUCAUCUAUAUUAAGUAAUAAAUCAAAGAUUCAGAGCACAAUCAUUUAUUGAAGAACAACAUCAAUAAGCAAAAUUACUUGAAAGAUCAAUAAAAUAUGUUCCAAUGACUAAUAAAUCAGUUAACGAAUCAAAAUUAUUAACUUUGAAAAUGAAUUUAGAACCCCUUAGAACCAAAGCAAAAUAAAUUAAACCAUAUAUUGAUCAUGAUGUGAUGGUAACCUAAAAAUGGAAGGAAUUUUGA